AUGUGGGAUCUUGUGAAGGAAGGAGUAACGUCACUUGUAGAAAAAACGACGGAUGAAGAAAAAGCUGCACACAAAGAAUUGAAGAAGAAAGAUAAUAAGGCUCUCUUUAUAAUUCAUCAAUGUGUUGAUCCAGAAUAUUUCAAAAAGCUGAGUGAUGUUGAAUUAGUGAAAGAGGCUUGGGAAAUCUUAGAUAAAUCGUUUGAAGGUGUUGAGAAGGUAAAAGAGGUGAAGUUACAAACUUACAAAAGAAAGUGUGAAUUGCUUAAGAUGGGAGAAUGUGAAAGCAUAACUGAUUUUUUCACUAGGGUUACGAAACUGGUGAAUCGAAUCAAGGUAGCUGCAAGAAAGAGAUCGAAGACUUCUAAGAAGCCAGAGGUAUCACAUCUAGCAGCUACAAAGAUGAUACUAAGGUAUCUUAAAGGAACUCUCAUCUAUGGAAUUAUGUUUCCUACAUCUGAUGUAAGAAAAGAAUGCAAGCUAGUUGGUUACACCGACUCAGAUUGGUGUAGUGAUGGUGAGGAUAGAAAAUUCACAGUUGGUUAUGUGUUUAUACUAGGUGGUGCACCAGUUGCUUAG